GUUGUGAGUUGCGGAUGUCGACUUUACUGUCAAUGAUCAAGAUGUUGUGAUUUAACAAUAAGCGGUGUUAAUUGUUUUGUUGGGCAUUUGCGUAGACGCAGGAUGGUUCAGAAAUACCAAUCGCCCGUAAGGGUUUAUAAAUACCCAUUCGAAAUUGUAAUGGCUGCAUAUCAGAAGAGAUUUCCAACCUGUAAAAUGAUUCCUGUUUUUCUGGGCAGUGAAAUAUUAUCAGAAUAUCACAGUGAAGAUGGUGCAGAAGAGACGAUAGAAAGAAAAUGUCGCUUGAAUGUUGAUGCUCCAUAUCUUCUUAAAAAGAUUGUUGGUGUUGAUUGUGUCUAUUUUAUUCAGACCAAUGCUCUUGACCGCCGAAACCGAACACUGAAAAUCACAGCGUACAAUGAAAGUUUUUCCAGCAGAAUUAUUAUAAAUGAGCACUGUAAUUACUCGGUUCACCCAGAGAAUUCAAACUGGACAUGUUUUGAACAGGAUGCCAGUCUUGAUAUUAAACAUUUCUUUGGUUUUGAAAGUACAGUUGAAAAAAUUGCCAUGAAACAAUACACACAAAAUAUACAAAAGGGUAAAGAAGUGAUAGAAUUUUAUAUUAAUGAAUUGUUAACGGAGGGUAUAACUCAUAUACCUCCAUGGAAGGGACCUGAGAAAGAAUAUGCACAACAUGAAUUAAUUAUAUGA